GGGAGGAGGUGGUUGGGUUGUAAGCUUACGCUGACAUCAUUACUGAAACGUGGAUAGUCCACCACAGAACCAAACCAAAGACCACAGACCCUGGAAGUUUGACUUUAACAAGUUACUCUAUCAGGGAACGUCACGGUCCUGUCUUGCCUUGUGGACUUUAAAUGGAAGGACUAUACCAUGAUAUUUCCAGGAUUGCCUACUACACAGAAUAUGACAGACACCUAGCAGCCGCAGUAUCAGCUGGGAAAACCAUGGCAACAGCCUACAUGGACCCCAACCUAAACCACGCCCUCCUGGGAGGAGCCAAGUCCCGGCUGAGUGCUGGGGCAUCAGACAGAACUGGCUCUGUGGACAGGGUUCUUAAAGUUUUCCAUUACCAUGAGACCAACACUGAACACAGCUUCUGGUCGUCCAAUAUCAGAUAUGGAGACGCCACUGAUGUCAGGGGGAUCAUCCAGAAGAUUCUGGACAUCCACAAAGUACGCUGGACUAAUUGUUUUGGGCUCCGCCUCAGCCACGCCCAUACCAGAGACCAGGUGCAUUGGCUCCACCCUGAUAUGGGUGUGUCACAUGUCAGAGAGACGUACGAACAAGCCAGAUCCAAUGACGAGUGGAGGUAUGAGUUAAGGAUACGGUAUCUACCAAAGGGCUUUGUCCAACAGUUUACAGAAGACAAACCUACACUCAACUAUUUCUACCACCAGGUGAAGUACGACUACAUGACGGAGAUUGGAGAUCAGGUUGACCAAGAUGUGGCUCUGAAACUGGGCUGUUUAGAAAUCAGGAGGUUUUUUAAGGAAAUGAGAGGAAAUGCCCUUGACAAGAAAUCCAACUAUGAACUACUGGAAAAGGAUGUUGGUCUGAGACGCUUUUUCCCCAAAGAACUGUUGGAUUCAGUGAAGGCUAAAACUCUUCGUAAGCUGAUUCAACAGACCUUUAAGCAGGUGGCCAACCUCAACGAUCAGCAGUGCAUCCUGAAGUUCUUGGAGAUACUUGCACCAGUUUACCGCUAUGACAAGGAGUGCUUUAAAUGUGCCCUUGGGAGCAGCUGGGUGAUCCAGGUAGAGUUAGCCAUUGGGCCAGAGGAAGGGAUCAGCUACCUCACGGACAAGGGAUCCACGCCAACACAUCUUGCUAACUUUAACCAGGUUCAGUCCAUCCAGUACUCUGCCAUGGAGGAGAAGGACAGGAAAGGCAUGUUACAGCUCAAUGUGGCAGGAGCUGCUGAGCCGCUCACAGUUACAACAGCAUCACUGACCACGGCAGAGAACUUAGCUGACCUCAUUGAUGGUUACUGUCGACUCGUCUCUAUGGAAACACAUUCCUUCAUUGUCAGAGUUCAGAAAGAGGGAGAGAGAGCGCUUCCCUCCAUCCCAAAGUUGUCUAAUAAUGAGAAGAAGUUAGAAGCGGUCAGGAGUGGAGUCAGAGCCAUCUCUGUUUCAGAAGAACUUAGCGGGGAUGAGACUGAUGACUAUGCUGAGAUAGUUGAUGAAGAGGACACAUACACCAUGCCCUCCAUGAACUAUGGAGUUGUUGAAGCCCGGGACUAUGAGAUCCAGAGGGAGAGGAUCGAACUGGGGCGCUGCAUCGGAGAGGGUCAGUUUGGAGAUGUUCACCAGGGGGUCUACAGCUACCCGGAUAAGGCGGCUCUGCCUGUGGCCAUUAAGACCUGUAAUAACUGUACAUCAGACAGCGUCAGGGAGAAGUUCCUACAAGAAGCAUUAACCAUGCGUCAGUUUGACCAUCCUCACAUUGUGAAGCUGAUUGGAGUCAUCACAGAGAAUCCUGUGUGGAUCAUUAUGGAGCUGUGUACUCUUGGAGAGUUGCGUUCAUUCCUUCAGGUGAGGAAGUACAGUCUGGACCGGGCGUCUCUCAUUCUGUUUGCCUACCAGCUGAGCACAGCCCUGGCCUACCUGGAGAGUAAACGCUUCGUACACAGGUAAACACACCGGAUACAC